CUUCACCUGAAUCACAAACACUGAACAACCCUGCAAAGGUGGCACACAAGCCGAAACCUUUUAUCAAGCCUGCCAGUCCCCAUGGUAAUAGUCCAGGUAGUCAUGCAUGCCCUAAUCCGGCCAGGGUAUCGCCGCCAUAUGACAAUGGACAUUUUGGGGCAAAAGUCUCUGCGAGGCAGCAUGUGUUCUCUGAUUGGGAGAGCAGCUUUGUCCCGACUCCAACCCCCCGGACUCGCAGACGAUCAGGGUGUCCUCCAGAGGAAGUGGAAGGUCCACAGGCCAGUCCCAGGUCCAGCUCGGAGACCAGGAUCAUCCGACCCAUUCUAAAAUGUGUCGAUGCUUCGCCAAAACCCAAGCGGAACAUCAGCUUCGCUUUGAAUCCAAGGACGGUGCACUACUUCAAGCCCCGUGAAUAUGAAAAUGACGUCAUGUUCAACAGGUCUUACACGGAUCCUGAAGAUGCACAGCAUUCUAACGAGGAAGAGGAAGAUGCUCCUGUGAAUUGCCAGAACACGAAGGAACAGCACCCUGUUAGGGAAGAGAAGCGGCAAGAUAUAGGGGAGCUGAAGCCUGGACCAAGCGGUGCAUGUGAAAAGAGCUUCAAAAGGAAACGUGAAAUACAUGAGCCUGCUGCCAUUUUGAUGAAGAAGAGCAUUGUUCAGGCAAACCAUUGGAUGAAGUGUCUCCAUCGUGAACCUCCGAAAGACUCCAGACACUCGGGUAAGGACACCAAUCACAAGCCACUGUCAAACGAAUAUGCAAAAAAAACUGGAGUUGGUUACAAGUGGUCAGAGAAGCAGAAGAAGUGGCCAAAUGAAAUUGAAGGUUCCUCUCCGAAUGCAAGCUCCCCUCACAGUAACCAUCCAGGUUCCUCUCAGAAUGCAAGCCCCCCUCACAGUAACCAUCCAAGUUCCUCUCAGAAUGCAAGCCCCCCUCACAGUAACCAUCCAGGUUCCUCUCAGAAUGCAAGUCACCAUUCAGGUUCCUCUCAGAAUGUAAGCCCUCCUCGGGGUCACUAUUCAUCCUCCAGCCUAUUGAGAAGAGUUGAGCCAACAGCCAGGCACCAUAGCUCGCCCAUGAACGAAUGAAACAAGCGGUGGUCAGGAGACAGACGUGAUUCGUAAGCCAAUCAGUCGGCCCUGACAGGAUACACCAGACAACAGUAAUUGAUGGGAACUGGCAAAGACAAUACUUUUACCUCAUACCUGACAUUGUGCAUAUGCUGUUCUUUUUAAAAACUUGAAACACUACAGACAGUGCCUAUAAAGCCAUAUUUAGGCUACAUUAUGCAGUUUACUUUUCUACAUGUUUUUAUCUGGUUUUGAAUUAAUACAUUUCUCUAUAAUAGGUUCGGUUAGCUGUGGUUGAAACAGUCAGAAGUGUGUUUUAUAUACUAUGUAUAUGUGUUAUUGUAACUCUUGACAUCUAACGGUGAUUGGUGUUUGGUUACCUGUAUUCCUAUAGUAUUGUUUGCCUACAUUGUUAGGGCAUCAUAGUGAUUGAAUCAUCAUAGUGAUGGUAUUGGAUUUAGUUUGUUUCUAGUAUUUGUAUUGUCUAUUUCUAUUGCAGUCAGAACUAAAGCUAAAGGGGAGAAACCAGACUGAACUUAUUGUUUAAUGAGAUUCUGCUGUCCCAUACACAAAAAAUGUGUCAAUUGUAACAGGUGUUUAUUAACACUGGUGGUAAAGUGGGUAAAUAUAUCAUGGAUAUCCAACAUCAAAUUAUGUUUGAAAGCCAUUAUGUCACUAUGUUUAUAGUUAUCUGUGGCCAUAGAUGUUGUUUGUAGUUAAAUUCAACUGAUACUGCUGAUGUUCUGGGUAUUGAGGAAUGUAUGUACUUACUUGUACUACGUCUUAAAAAUUGUUCGAAAUGCCAAGUUUAGUUUUUAAUAUCUGUCAGUUUUUGUCAGUUUUGAUGCUGUAUUAUGUUUUACCUCUUUUUACUGUAUUGUUACGGCACUGAACUAACAUAAAUACAGAAAAUACA